AUGGCUCCUCAAACUGCAAAGAGGAUUAAAACUCUUUCUAUAACUCGUCCAAUAAUUUACGGGAACACUGCCAAAAAAAUUGGUGAUUUUAGGCCUCCUAAUGCUCCCGCAGAGCAUACUCAUAUGUGGACAAUAUUCGUUCGAGGCCCUCAAGGCGAGGAUAUCUCAUACUUUAUUAAGAAAGUGGUGUUUAAACUUCAUGAAACCUAUCCUACUCCCGUGCGGGUUGUUGAUUCACCACCCUUUGAGCUAACUGAAACAGGGUGGGGUGAAUUUGAAAUAAACGUUAAGAUUCACUUUAUUGACGAUGCUAAUGAAAAGAUGUUAAGUUUUUACCACCACCUACGGCUGCACCCAUAUACAGAUAAAGAUCAGGGUGGCGACGGUAGUGGCGAUGAGAUCAAGUCUGUUUACUAUGAUGAGAUUGUGUUUAAUGAGCCCAAUGAGCUAUUCUUCUCUAAAAUGAUCAAAAAGCCAGGCAAUUUGCUGCCGUCGAAUAAAACUAAGGAUUGUGUCUUCUCAAAGCAGCUGGAACAGGAAGAAAUAGAUCGGAUUAAGAUAUCUACAGGGAAAAUCGACCAGGAGAUCGAAGAGCUGAAAAAGAAGCUGGAAAACGAUUUGAAAAAGCAGUAA